CACUAGAAAAGUCUAACAUAUGUACACUUCGACUAUAAAACUGCAGAGAAAUAACCUAAAUUUUCAUGUUUAAUUCUUUAGUCUUUAAUAUGAAGCAAGUUUUGUUUGUGCCAUUAUUACUAUUACUUCCUCUCUUAGCUUUCUCUGCUGACACAAAGGUGUACAUAGUUUAUUUUGGUGAGCAUAGUGGAGAGAAAGCUCUGCAUGAGAUUGAGGAAGACCAUCACUCAUACUUGUUUUCUGUGAAGAAAACUGAGGAAGAAGCCAGAGCUUCUCUUCUCUAUAGCUACAAGAACAUCUUCAAUGGUUUCGCGGCUUCGCUUACUCCUGAAGAAGCCGCCAAGUUAUCCGAAAAAGAAGAAGUGGUAUUGGUGAUUGAGAGCCAGCCAGACAAGUACUCACUGCAGACUACAAGGUCAUGGGAGUUUUCAGGGGUAGAAGAAACAAAAGCAUGGAGCUUUGUGAAGAACAAGGGAGACAACUUGCUAUUAAAAUCCAAAUAUGGGAAAGAUGUUAUUAUUGGGAUUUUGGAUUCUGGUGUGUGGCCUGAGUCAAAGAGCUUUAGUGAUGAAGCAAUGGGACCUAUUCCAGAGUCUUGGAAAGGAAUCUGCCAAACUGGUGAUAAUUUUACCACCAAACAUUGUAAUAGGAAAAUAAUUGGAGCUAGGUACUACCUGAAAGGCUAUCAGAAGUUCUAUGGCACUCUGAACAGGACCCUGGAUUAUCAAUCACCGCGUGACAAGGAUGGCCAUGGAAGUCAUACAGCAUCGACUGCAGCAGGGCGGGUUGUCCCUAAAGUCUCUGCGCUUGGUGGCUUUGCCUAUGGCACAGCCUCAGGAGGUGCACCACUUGCCCGUUUAGCAAUCUACAAAGUUUGCUGGCCAAUACCUAAGAAGGGAAAAGAAGAAGGAAACACAUGCACGGAGAUAGACAUGCUAGCAGCCAUGGAUGAUGCAGUGGCUGAUGGCGUUCAUGUUAUAAGUCUUUCCAUUGGUACACAAAAACCUGUGGCAUAUGAUCAAGAUGCUCUAGCCAUCGGAGCGCUUCAUGCUGCUAAAAAGAACAUUGUGGUGUCCUGCAGUGCUGGCAAUUCUGGUCCUUCCCCAGCAACAUUGUCUAAUCCAGCUCCUUGGGUUAUUACAGUUGGUGCAAGCAGCUUGGAUCGCUCUUUCAUUGCCCCGGUUAUACUUGGAAAUGGCAUGAAAGUUGAGGGACAAACAGUGACUCCAUACAAGCUGAAAAGAAAGAUGUACCCACUAGUUCAUGCAGCACAAGUACUUGAUCAUAGCUUUGACCCGAAAAAUUCUACAGCAAUGCAAUGCUUACCAGGAUCUCUAUCACCUCAGAAGGCCAGAGGGAAAAUUGUCUUUUGCUUGAGAGGAAAUGGAACAAGAAUUGGAAAAGGCCUGGAGGUGAAAAGGGUUGGUGCUGCUGGUUAUAUCUUGGGGAACAGCCCUGCAAACGGAGCAGAGUUGGCUGUUGAUUGUCAUGUUCUCCCUGCGACAGCAGUCACUUCAGAAGACGCCAUAAAAAUUUCCAAGUACAUUAAUUCUACAAAGAAUCCAACGGCGUAUAUUGUGCGUGCAGUCACAAAAUUAUAUAGUAAACCUGCACCUUACAUGGCUGCCUUCACCAGCAGGGGGCCAAACGUGAUUUCACCUGACAUUCUCAAGCCUGAUAUCACAGCUCCAGGUCUGAAUAUAUUGGCAGCAUGGACUGAAGGAAAUUCGCCUACCAAGCUGGAAAGUGAUACUCGAGUUGUCAAGUAUAACAUACUCUCUGGAACUUCUAUGUCUUGCCCUCAUGUGGCUGGCGUCGCUGCAUUACUUAGAGCUGCCCAUCCUAGUUGGAGCAAUGCUGCCAUAAGAUCUGCUAUUAUGACCUCAGCUGGACUACUGAACAACGAAGGUAGGCUCAUAACUGAUGCAUCCCAAAUAACCUUAGCAGAUCCCUUCCAGUAUGGCUCCGGCCAUUUCAGGCCAGAACUGGCAGCAGAUCCUGGACUGGUAUACGAUGCUACACAUAAAGAUUAUCUUCUCUUCCUCUGCGCUUCUGGACUAAAAGUCGUCGAUCCAGUCUACAAGUGUCCAAAAAAUCCACCUGCCACAUACAAUCUCAACUAUCCUUCCCUGGCAAUUCCAAACCUCAAUGGCACCAAAAUUGUCAAGAGAACAGUCACCAAUGUUGGCGGCAGCAAGGGCGUCUACUUUGUCAGGGUUAACCCGCCUAUCGGAUACUCUGUAAAGGUCUUUCCACCUGUGUUGGUUUUUAGUCAUGUUGGCCAGCAGAAGAGUUUCACCAUAACAGUGAAAGCAAAUAAAAAGAAGGCUGAAAAGAGUGGUGACUACUCAUUUGGAUGGUAUACAUGGACUGAUGGAUUCCACAUUGUGAGAAGUCCCAUGGCUGUGUCAUCUGCAUAGUUCUCAUCAACAUGAUAUAAUUUUCUCAUGAAUUUAUCGAGUAGUUUGUUAUCCUUAUAAUUACAAUACAAAGAAGGAUUUGAGAUUUAGGCGAAAUAGAAAUUUCUGACACUUGUGCUAUAAUGUUCUUCCUAUUUUUUGGACACAUUUGGAUCAUGACUUCUCAAAUCUUGCCACUGGAAUCAUGAACUCAGUAGAACUUGCAUCUACAUUUCCCAUUAGAA